UGAACAAAGAAGAGAAGAAAGAAAGGAGGGUUUUCUUUCCUUGACAAACCUUGUUUCUGCGUAGUGUAUAUAUAUAUAUCUAUAUGCAUACUCUUGGGUCUAUCAGAAGCGCAUAUCAUUCGCCAUGCAGCCGAGCGCAAGUCUCAAGAUCCGAGAAACAAACUUACGAAGGGACGCGCGAAACAAGAACGAAAGAUUUGCAAAUUUCUCUCCUCUGAUUGCGACAUCCCUAAGAACAAGUAAUUCAUCAGUGAGCACCUCGAUCAUGCCAUAUCAUGAUAUCUCAUGAUAUCAAGCGCUAUGGCGCCAUGUCCCCACCGGAUGAGAAGCUUUCAGGUUUCCAGACCAAACCGGACUGAUUCCUUAAGUUUAGGUCCCGGACGGGAAUACGGAGUACAUCCAUACGAUAUAUAACUUACGGGCCCCGCAAGCGAUCUGCUCCCCGCUUGGGCCGCUGUUCGCAACCAACCUAACCGAGCACGUUGUUGGUGAGUGUUGGUGAAGGGCGGCCUGAACCCCGGCCAACAAGCCCGAUUGGCCAAUUACAUCCGGUUCCUGUUCCUGGCCGUGGUUUUGGCUUCGGAUACCAGCGGGCCGAUUAUGUUAGAUGGGAGAAGUUGUAUAUACGUUGGACUGUACAUGUUUGUAUGAGUGUUUGGCUGGUGAAGUUACAUAGAAUCAGCAGUGAAGGAUAUAUUUCGCUGCACGCAGGGAGCGGAGAGAUAAAAGACAAGACGUCGAAAACUGAGAGGGAAAGGCGAGGAUCGAAAAAAAGAAAAAGAGACAUAUUUAUGUCCUUCAUCACUAAUUGUCACGUCUUUGAUAAGCUGUGGGGACCCCGGCAGGAGCCCUUGGCCAGCAAGAUUAGGCAGAGAGAAGAAGAACAAAAAGUUAAGACGAGAAGUAAGAGGACCCGGCGGGCACUUAAAGGAAAAGCAUAUAUAACUACUGCGGAGGACGGAGGACUGUCUUGGUUUUCUGGUCUGAUAUUUAACUACCACUGGACUGUAUAUCCAAACAACAACAACAAACAGCAGCAACCCCCUGAAGACGACAGUUCUACAUCCAAUCAACACAUCCACAUAUACGGAGUAGUAUAUUAUCUCACGACACAAAUACAUCUUCAACAGGGCUAAUCUAGCGGCCGCCGUCGAAGUCACUAAUCGAGUGGAGUCUCACCGCCCUCAUGCCCCCUCCACAUCCACCACGCCGUCGUCCCGCUGCCUUGUAUCAGCCAUGCGCUAACCCCUCGCUCUGUCCUCUGCACCCCUCUCCUCAUAAACACCCGCUUGUCUGCUCAGGAUACAACAAUGUCAAGAAGACUGUUAUUUCUCUAAAAGGCCAGCGAAUUGCCCGACAAUUUGUCACCAGGACUACUACCACUACUUCUACUACUACUUCAGCCCCCUCGGCGCCAAGGGCUCUUCGGCUAAACGCCAGGCCAGCCGCGGCUAAGCAAGGAGUUGUGCUGGAAGACGAGCAAGAUCCCUUCAUGGCAACGGUUUUUCUUCAAUUCUGUCCCACGUGUGAGAGACAGAUUAUGAUUCCAAGCGAUUCAAUUCUCUACUGUAGUGAAAGCUGCCGUCGAAAAGAUUCAUCAAAACCUCUAGACCUCUCCCACCUCACAACUCGCAAUAUGACUUCCUCGAAAAGAUCUCCGCCAGCAUCCCCGCCGUUCACGCCCAAAGCCAUUGUUGCUCCAAUAGCUCCCACGCAGGCAGCAUCAUGCUCAAAUUCUCCACUCCAAAUUCCCGUGAAAGACCUUGAAGACCCCCCUUCAGGACUGGACCUCCCCAAAUGGCAGCCAAAGAUAAACCACCAGGCCACCAAUGCCCUGACAUCCACAGAAGCAUUCCGCUAUCUGUCCUUAUUUCAAACGACAAACCCUCCCAGCAGCGUCACAAGCAGCUGCAGUAACAUCAACUGCAAAACUACAGACGACAACGCUACUCAUCACAACAUCAACAACUCUACGACUGCUAUGAAUACUACUACUAAUAAUAAUGCCGACAAUGGCACCACCCAUCCGCGUCCCGUCCCGAUAGCCUACCGCAGCUCUACCAGCAUCUCGACAACGAGCGGCCAAAGCACCACGCAGGUGCCGUCCCUUGCGCAUUCCCCAUCAACAUCUGCCGCGUCUUCAAUGCUAGACAGCCCUACCGAACCAAUGGCCGCAUAUAUGCCUACCACCAUCACCACUCAUGCACUUCCACAGCCGACAACACACCAUCAACGAGUGUCAUUGCCUCCCCGUCAUAAUGCUGGCAGCGACACGAACUCCAAACCCAAUUUCGACCUCACCAUGCCGUACAUCGUUGCAGACCCAAAUGACCACGCCUCGGGGCCUACAAUAGGUGAAAAUGAGAAUAGGUCGGUGACGGCGGCAGGUACUGUCGGUAAUGGCGGUGAUGGUUGUCUUCUUCGAUAGGAGAAUAUUGGGCGGGGGAAGUUCGUGGAAUAAUCUGCCUCUUCUGCUUCACCUUCGUCUUCUUCUUCUGCAUCUGCAGUAGGGGCGCAUGGCUUUAAUUGUGAGAAUUGAUAUAAUAUCUCGGCAAAGGGAGCCGUGGCUUGGCUUGACACACACAACCCCUGUGUCUAUUUUUAUCAGUAUGCAUGACUAAUGAUAAUGAACUAUGUUGGUACACUGGUAAACCCCUUUAUUUUCGCUAGGGCCCGCCUAAUAUUUUUAAUGGCAUACUAACCAUCAUUAUGGGGUAUAUUAUAUAUAGCAUUCUUGUGUUUGAAGACAUGUUCUCAUCAUCAUGGAAUUAAUAAUAAUAAUAAUAAUAAUAAUAA